AUGGAGAAAUUCAAUAUCGACAUUCAUUUCUCGCCUACCACGAAGAGCCAAAAGGCUGGCACUGAGAACAUGAUCAAGACCACACAUUGGUGCCUCGUUUUCACACCUUCUGUCUUGCCUACCAUGUCCUUGACUGCCGAGCUUUCAACAGAUGGGCGCGUCAACUCGUUUCCGACUCGAGAGAUCAGACCAGCUGUUAGUGCAUAUCGUCUUGCAACUUUCGUCGGUCAAUUGCAAGACAUACACCACCUGAUCAAAAUUCAUCCCAUGAAUAAAUACGCGAGCAUCGGAAGGAGCAAUGAAUACGAUGCUGUUUUCAAUAACUGUCAACAUUGGGUUGCAACGAUGCUAGUCUUCUUGGAAGCCUUGUGCGCUGCGGAGUCGGGCAGAGAUUUCAGCGUUACAGAGGGAGAAAGGUACAAAAGAGUGAUGAGCGUUCUAAAUACUGACGGCUCUAAGCUCUACCACUCUUCCAAUUGGCUUUUCAAGGGAGUUUCGGUGCUGGGUGGGGGCGUGGGAGUCGGAGCAACUGCGCUGGCUGCUACUGCUGCUGCGGCUACGACUGUUACUGAAAUCACUGUGCCAGCUGUAGUAGCAGCACCUGGCAUUCUGGGAUCAUGGUUUGGUCUAACUACAAUUGCCACCGAAGUUGUCGCAAUCACGAGUAGUACACUACCAGCCGUCGCAAUAGCGGGAGCAAUUUUGUUGCCUGUUUCCAUCAUGGGUCUCUAUUUUGGGGGGUUGUACGUUGCAUGUGAACACAUUGGAUGGAAAGUGCGGACUCUUUUUGAAGAUCCGAGAAGAUGCGGAAUGAGCAUUUAUAAUCCACUCACGCUAAACUUCUGA